AUGGCUCUGCAGCGAUCGAGCGGCCUCGUGCGAGGCGUCUGCGAAGCUGUCCUGAGGAAGGCAUCCACCCCGACCGCCACCAGAUCGCUCUCUCUUCUACCAUGGAGAACGUGCCGGGGGAAACAGCAAGUGAGCCAAUUCUCCUCAUCGUCUCGAAGGCGAGACCUGGACGUUAUUAAAGCAGCUCCCGAAAUCGACUUCAACAAAUUCAACACCAUUCCUUCACGCAUCAUUCCUGUUUCGCCGGCAUACUUCUCCGGUAGCCCGAAAUUCAUCGACCAUCAAAUCAAACUAGAGCAUCUCUUGGAAAAAUACUCGCUUCUGCCGACAUCAUCAGCCGGCGAUGCGCCUCGAAUGGCCUGGUUCAAACUGGCCCAAUUCCGUGACUUUCUCGGCGAGCCCAUUCCUGCCAAAAAAUAUAAAAACUUCCAAAAGGUCCUCCAGCGUCUGAAUAGGAUCAGACAGGAUGUUGUUCCCGCAGAAGUUCGUGAGACGCUGAACGAAUACGUCCGCCCUGGUAACCCGUAUGCCAAUAAACCUGCUCCACCCGAAGUAGACGAGUUUGGCCGCGCCAGAGGAAAAGGGAAAAGAAAAGAGUCAUCGGCUGUAGUUCUUCUGGUUGAAGGAGACGGACAGGUUAAAGUCAAUGACAGAAAUCUUGUGGAUAUUUUUCCUCGGGUUCAUGAUCGAGAAAGCGCAUUGUGGGCGUUAAGGUGUACACAGAGGCUUGAUAAAUACAAUGUCUGGGCCAAGGUAUCGGGCGGUGGUGUUACUGGCCAGGCAGAGGCGAUUACACUCGCUCUUGCUCGUGCGUUGGUGGUUCAUGAGCCUGCAUUGAGGCCGUUCUUGCGUCAGGCCGGUGUUAUCACAGUCGAUGCACGUCGUGUAGAGAGGAAGAAGCCCGGUCAUGUCAAGGCCAGAAAGAUGCCCACCUGGGUCAAGCGGUGA